CAACGGACAUCCGCAACAGUGAGAGUUAACAAGAAACUAGAGUCUACACAACAAAAUUCAAAAUGCGAGAAAUUGUGCAUAUGCAAGCUGGACAGUGUGGUAACCAGAUAGGUGCCAAGUUUUGUGAGGUUAUCUCAGAUGAACACGGAGAUUCAGACUUACAGCUUGAAAGAAUUAACGUUUAUUACAAUGAAGCUACUGGCGGUAAAUAUGUUCCACGUGCUAUAUUGGUGGACUUGGAGCCUGGUACAAUGGACUCUGUCAGAUCUGGACCAUUUGGACAGAUUUUCAGACCAGAUAAUUUUGUGUUUGGACAAAGUGGUGCUGGAAAUAAUUGGGCAAAGGGACAUUACACAGAAGGUGCUGAAUUAGUGGACUCUGUGUUGGACGUUGUACGAAAGGAGGCCGAGAGUUGUGACUGUCUUCAGGGAUUCCAACUUACACAUUCCCUUGGUGGUGGUACUGGAUCUGGUAUGGGAACACUUCUGAUCAGUAAAAUCCGUGAAGAAUACCCAGACAGAAUCAUGAACACAUUCUCAGUUGUGCCAUCACCUAAGGUAUCCGACACAAUAGUUGAACCAUACAAUGCCACCCUAUCUGUCCACCAGCUUGUUGAGAACACAGAUGAGACGUACUGUAUUGACAACGGGGCCUUGUACGAUAUCUGCUUCAGAACCUUGAAAUUGACCACUCCAACCUACGGUGGCCUGAACCAUUUAGUCUCUGCCACCAUGUCUGGUGUAACUACAUGUCUCCGAUUCCCAGGUCAGCUGAAUGCCGAUCUCCGUAAAUUGGCCGUCAACAUGGUUCCCUUCCCACGUCUGCACUUCUUCAUGCAAGGAAUAAGGUUCAGUUAG